CUCUAGGCUACCGCAAUAGCAUGUGGUGCCCAAACCGCAAAACAUGAGCUUGUCUCUCAUUCAAGGCUAUUCUUCCGCCGAAGGAGAGGAAGAAGCACCAUCGGAGGAUUAUGGAUACUUUUCCGACGAUGAUGAACACGAUGAUUCCUCUUCCGUCGCCGGUGGUCGUUCGCUUUCGUACAAACCAGUCUUCGAACAAUCUGCUCUGUCCAAUGGAUCGUCCGGCUUGCCCUCUGCGCUCGAUGCCUUCUCCGAAAUUUCAGGACCUCCACAGUUUCUUAACAAUUGCGUGGAAGAGCAGGCUAGUGUAAGAGACGUUGAGCAUCAGCUAGGGAGGCACGGUCGCUGGAGGAACAGAAAGGAGAAGAAAGACUUACCUGCUGGUGUAGUAGUGGAGGCCAAAGCUCAACUUGUGGGGAUUCAUGAGCGAGUAAGAAGUGAUAUUGAAGCUAGCCAACCUCCAACAUCAUCAGUUCAAAGCACAACACAGGAGGGAGGAAAGCGAGUGCCAACAGUGACCAAUCCAAAUGCGGAAGAUGCUGCAGAACUACUGAGGAUGUGCUUGCAAUGUGGAAUACCAAAGACAUACUCUAGUGCACGUGGAAUGGUCUGUCCGGUGUGUGGUGAUCGUCCGCAAAGCGAUACAAGCCAAGAGCCCAAGAAGAAGGGAUCAACGAUCAAGGAUAAAGAAAAAAGCAAGCGGAUGAAGGGGCAGUCGUCUCAUGCUACAUGGAAAAGUGAAACAGAGAUGCAACUCAGGCAACAAUUUGAUUAGGAUAAAUUAAGACACCACUCCCUGCUUGAGACGCUUAUGUUUUAAGGAAAUAUUUGUGAUGCAACCGCCUAUCAAUGUAUUGCACUAAGGACUAAAUAUGUUUGCUCAAAGUGCUUACGAUACCUUUUUUUCUUC